AUGGUGGCGGCGCCGUGCGCCCGGAGGCUGGCCCGGCGGUCGCACUCGGCGCUGCUGGCGGCGCUCACGGUGCUGCUGCUGCAGACGCUGGUCGUGUGGAAUUUCAGCAGCCUGGACUCCGGGGCCGGCGAGCGCCUCGCCGAGCAGCCGCCCCCGGCGCCGGCCCCGCGCCGCGAGCGCCGGGACCUGCCCGCCGCGCCGGCUGCAGCCCGCGGAGGAGGCGGCGGCGGCGGCGGCCGCGGAGCACGGGGGCCCCCGGCGCGGGCGCGGGCGGGCGGCGCCGGAGGAGCCCGGGCGCAGCAGCUGGCCGGGCGCGGGGCGCUGGAUCCACACCCAAGUCCGCUGAUCACCCUGGAGACCCAGGAUGGCUACUUCUCUCACCGGCCCAAAGAGAAAGUGCGGACAGACAGCAACAACGAGAACUCGGUCCCCAAAGACUUUGAGAACGUGGACAACAGCAACUUCGCCCCAAGGACUCAGAAGCAGAAGCACCAGCCCGAGCUGGCCAAGAAGCCCCUGAGCCGGCAGAAGGAGCUUCUGAAAAGGAAGCUGGAGCAGGACAAGGGCAAGGGGCACCCCUUCCUGGGCAAAGGCGCCAACGAGGUGCUGCCUCCGGGCGAGAGAGCCCCCGGGAACAGUAGCCGCGGGAAGGAGGCCCUCCGACCGCCCCACACCAGGAAAAGCGGGGGCGGCUCCCCCGAGAUCAAGUAUGACCAGCCCCCCAAGUGCGACGUCUCGGGCAAGGAGGCCAUCUCCGCCCUGUCCCGCUCCAAGUCCAAGCACUGCCGCCAGGAGAUCGGGGAGACCUACUGCCGCCACAAGCUGGGGCUGCUGAUGCCGGAGAAGGUGACCCGCCUCUGCCCGCUGGAAGGCAAAGCCAACAAGAACGUCCAGUGGGACGAGGACUCCGUGGAGUACAUGCUGGCCAACCCGGUCCGGAUCGCUUUCGUGCUGGUGGUGCACGGCCGCGCCUCCCGGCAGCUGCAGCGCAUGUUCAAGGCCAUCUACCACAAAGACCACUUCUACUACAUCCACGUGGACAAGCGCUCCAACUACCUGCACCGCCAAGUGCUCCAGUUCGCCCGGCAGUACGGCAACGUCCGCGUCACGCCCUGGCGGAUGGCCACCAUCUGGGGCGGCGCCAGCCUCCUGGCCACCUACCUGCAGAGCAUGCGGGACCUGCUGGAGAUGACCGACUGGCCCUGGGACUUCUUUAUCAACCUCAGCGCUGCUGACUACCCCAUCAGGACAAAUGACCAACUGGUGGCAUUUCUCUCCCGAUACCGAGAUAUGAAUUUCUUGAAGUCACACGGCCGGGACAAUGCAAGGUUCAUCCGGAAACAGGGCCUGGACCGGCUCUUCCUGGAGUGCGACGCCCACAUGUGGCGCCUGGGGGACCGGCGGAUCCCAGAGGGCAUUGCCGUGGACGGCGGCUCCGAUUGGUUCCUGCUGAACCGCAAGUUUGUGGAGUACGUGACCUUCUCCACAGACGAUCUGGUGACUAAAAUGAAGCAGUUCUACUCCUACACCCUGCUUCCUGCCGAGUCCUUCUUCCACACGGUGCUGGAGAACAGCCCCCACUGCGACACCAUGGUGGACAACAACCUGCGCAUCACCAACUGGAACCGCAAGCUGGGCUGCAAGUGCCAGUACAAGCACAUCGUGGACUGGUGCGGCUGCUCCCCCAACGACUUCAAGCCCCAGGACUUCCACCGCUUCCAGCAGACAGCCCGGCCCACCUUCUUUGCCCGCAAGUUCGAAGCGGUGGUGAAUCAGGAGAUCAUCGGGCAGCUGGACUACUACCUGUACGGGAACUACCCCGCGGGCACCCCUGGGCUCCGCUCCUACUGGGAGAACGUCUACGACGAGCCCGACGGCAUCCACAGCCUCAGUGACGUGGCGUUGACCUUGUACCACUCCUUCGCCCGCCUGGGCCUCCGCAGGGCCGAGACGUCGCUGCACACUGAUGGGGAGAACAGCUGCAGGUACUAUCCCAUGGGCCACCCAGCGUCUGUCCACCUCUACUUUCUCGCUGACCGCUUCCAGGGCUUUCUGAUCAAGCACCAUGCUACCAAUCUGGCCGUGAGCAAGCUCGAGACGCUGGAGACGUGGGUGAUGCCAAAGAAGGUCUUCAAGAUCGCAAGCCCACCCAGCGACUUUGGGCGGCUCCAGUUUUCCGAGGUUGGCACUGACUGGGAUGCCAAGGAGCGGCUCUUCCGCAACUUCGGGGGCCUCCUGGGGCCCAUGGACGAGCCGGUGGGCAUGCAGAAGUGGGGCAAGGGCCCCAACGUGACCGUGACCGUCGUCUGGGUGGAUCCCGUCAACGUCAUCGCAGCCACCUACGACAUCCUGAUCGAGUCCACAGCCGAGUUCACCCACUACAAGCCCCCCCUGAACUUGCCCCUGCGGCCGGGGGUCUGGACCGUGAGAAUUCUCCACCACUGGGUGCCGGUCGCAGAGACCAGAUUCCUCGUCGCACCUCUGACCUUCUCCAACAGGCAGCCUAUCAAAAUGGAGGAGGCGCUGAAGCUGCACAGCGGACCCCCCCGCGGCGCCUACAUGGAGCAGAGCUUCCAGAGCCUGAACCCCGUCCUCAGCCUGCCCGUGAGCCCGGCGCAGGUGGAGCAGGCCCGGAGGAACGCGGCCUCGACCGGCGCCGCGCUGGAGCGCUGGCUGGACGCGCUGGUGGGCAGCACGUGGACCGCCAUGGACGUCUGCGCCACGGGCCCCACCGCCUGCCCGGUCAUGCAGACCUGCAGCCAGACGGCCUGGAGCUCCUUCAGCCCGGACCCCAAGUCGGAGCUGGGGGCCGUCAAGCCCGACGGCCGGCUCAGGUAG